AUGCCGAAAGCCUGCUUGAGGCAUCCCUUUUCGGGCCGUGAUGUGCCUAUCUCGAAUGGCUCGGGUUUCCUGGUGUCUCCGGACGGGCUCAUUGUGACCAACGCACACGUGGUGGCGAACCGGCGGCGCGUGCGGGUGAAGCUGGCCAGCGGCGAGCAGUAUGACGCCGUAGUGCAGGACGUGGACCAGGUUGCAGACAUCGCUACCAUCAAGAUCAAGCCUAAGCACCCACUGCCCACCCUGCCCCUUGGGCGCUCCUCCGAGGUGCGGCAGGGGGUGGGAGAGUUCGUGGUGGCCAUGGGCAGCCCGUUUGCCCUGCAGAACACCAUCACCUCCGGCAUCGUCAGCUCUGCGCAGCGGGGCAGCCGGGAGCUGGGCCUGACUGCCUCCGACAUGGAGUACAUCCAGACUGAUGCGGCUAUUGAUUUUGGGAACUCCGGGGGCCCCCUCGUCAACUUGGAUGGCGAAGUGAUGGGGGUGAACACUAGGAAGGUGACAUCAGGCAUCUCUUUUGCCAUCCCCUCAGACCGGCUACGGAAGUUCCUGGAAAAGGAGGAGCAGCGCAAAAGCUCUUGGUUUGGCAAUACAGAGACAAAGCGGCGUUACAUAGGGGUGAUGAUGCUGACUCUCACACCAAGCAUCCUGGCUGAGCUGAAGCUACGUGACCCCAGCUUCCCCGAUGUCUCCUACGGAGUGCUAAUCCACAAGGUGAUCAUCGGCUCCCCGGCCCACCAGGCCGGGCUGAAGGCAGGUGACGUCGUGCUGGAGAUCAACGGGCGGGCAUCGCGCCGUGCGGAGGAUGUGUACGAGGCAGUGCGGACACAGCAGAGCCUGGCCUUGCUGGUGCGGCGUGGCUACGACACUUUGCUGGUGAGCGUUGUCCCUGAGGUCACGGAGUAGCGGUGCUGUCGCGCAGGCUGCUGCGGGUGCUGGCUGGCGGUGCUGGCCGAGAGCUGUGGACACGGGACUGAGCUGUGUCUGUGUGCCCGUCAGGGAGAGACGGAGAGCUUGUGAGGGACUGGAAGGGGUCGACGGAGGGGCCCAGCCCAGUGCUUGGGCGGACUCGUGGUGCAACCGUUCCCCUCUGUACUCAAAUAAAGCACUUUUUUAGG